CCCCAGAGGAGAGGGGGUCCCCUCUGGAGGGGGGGUCCCAGCAGGAGGGGGGUUCCCCAGAGGAGAGGGGGUCCCCUCUGGAGGGGGGGUCCCCUCCGGCCGAGCCCCCCCGGGCGCAGCCCCCCGGGGGUUUUCACUUGGUCAAGUGGAUCCUCUGGAAGGGGCAGCGCACGGCCCUGGUGACCCAGAGCGAGAACGGGCCCUGCCCGCUGCUGGCCAUCAUCAACAUCCUCCUCCUCCAGUGGAAGGUGAAGCUGCCCCCGCAGACCGAGGUGGUGACAGCAGAGGAGCUGAUGGCACAUUUGGGGAAUUGCAUCCUGGCCACCCAACCCCGCGACACCUCGGAGGGGCUGCAGCUGAACUUCCAGCAGAACAUCAGUGACACCAUGACAGUCCUGCCCAAGCUCUCCACGGGGCUGGACGUCAACGUGAGGUUCACGGGGGUCUCGGAUUUCGAGUACACCCCCGAGUGCAUCGUCUUCGACCUCCUCAACAUCCCGCUCUACCACGGCUGGCUGGUGGACCCCCAGAGCCCCGAGCAGGUCCAGGCCGUGGGCAAGCUCAGCUACAACCAGCUGGUGGAGAAGAUCAUCACCUGCAAGCACGCCAGCGACUCCAGCCUGGUGAGCGAAGGGCUGGUGGCAGAGCAGUUCCUGGAGUCCACGGCGUCGCAGCUGACCUUCCACGGGCUGUGCGAGCUCACGGCCCGCGCCCGCGAGGGAGAGCUCGGCGUCUUCUUCCGCAACAACCACUUCAGCACCAUGAUCAAGCACAAGGGCCACCUUUACCUGCUGGUGACAGACCAGGGCUUCCUGCAGGAGGAGGGCGUGGUGUGGGAGAGCCUGCACAGCGUGGAUGGGGACAGCUGCUUCUGUGACACCGAUUUCCACCUCAGCCACCCCCCGGGCAGGGACGGGGCCGCCACGGCCCCCCCGGAGCCCCGGCUGCAGCAGAGACAAGUGGAGCAGGAUUUCAUGGUGGCCCUGUCCCUGCAGCGGGGACAGGACCCCCCCUCGGUGCUCAGCGACCUGGAGCUGGCGCGGCAGCUGCAGCACGAGGAGUACCAGCAGCACCAUCCUCAUCCUCACCAUCCUCAUCACCCUGCUGCUGCUCAGCUGCUCCCAGCGCAGGCAGAGCGGCGCCCGCGGCAGAGGUCGGAUUCGGACUGCACCCUCCUGUAGCACCCCGUGCCCGGGGGUCCCCCCGCCUGCAGCCCCCCAAAACCCCGCUCUGCAUCCUCCAGGGACAUCCUGGGGGGUCCUCCAGGGACAUCCUGGGGGUCCCUGUGGGCUGGAGAUGAGGGGUGACCAUCUGAGCCCACCUCAGGAACACCCCAAACUUCCCAGUGGCCUUAACGCAGGGGGGGGUCCCGCUCGGGGGGGGGUCCCACACCUCAGUCACGGGGGGAUGGGGGUGUGGGGAUGGGGGGGACACCUGCACCCCCCUGUUCAAAAUGUGGCCUUAGCCCUUGGCAAGUAAAGGACUUGUCCCCCUGCA